AUGGUAACUGGUGAGACGCUUUAUCAUAUUGACUUGGUCAACUAUGAAGGUGAGUUGAAGGCCGGACAUGGAUGGUCUAAUCAUAUUGUUGGAUUUUAUGAUGGUGGCACCUGCAUCUUUAAUCCUACUUCAUCGACAUGGGUCCACUCCAACAAAAACGCAUUGUUCAUGCGCAAUGGUAUCCAAUGUUCAUCAGUUUACGCUCGAGACAACAUCUAUGUGUUUGGAGGUGAUGGCCCCAACAUUGAAGAUAGCUACGUUUGGUACUCAUUAGUGGAUCAGAAAUGGUCCAUCAAGAAUAUUGUCGGACCAUCAGUUGAAGGUGGAUCAAAUAUCUCUGCUUGCUUUGAUGGCCAACGAUUUAUAUACUUGGUUGGUGGCACUCACAAGGGAUACCUCUUGAACAGAGUGGACUGCUUUGAUGUCGAGACUGGCACAUUUAGACAUGUUGGCACACUUCCCUAUCAUUUCAAGUCAGCAGUGUCUUUCUUCCAAAAUGGUAUCAUAUACAUUGUCGGUGGCUAUGACAAGGAGGACAAGAAUCUAGGCGCGAUAUUUACCUUCAACACCUUGAACCUUGGAUCCAACAAGUUGUUCAGACAACUCCCUACCUAUGUUGAUAAUAAGAAGAAGAUGAGUGCAUGCUUCGAUGGCAAGGAUAGAGUAUACUUGUCAAGCAAUGGAUGGUUCCAUUAUAUACUUUUGUCUAGCUUGGGUGGACCAUUCACAUUGACAUCGCCUCCCUUAACGACUUUUCCUUCUGACUUCACAUUGUUCUUUGUUCCAGGCUUUGGACCUACGCUCUGUGACAGUGAGCGCAUAUCAAUGUACAAUACAAUGUAUAACAAUUGGGAACAAAUAUACACGGGCAAGUUACGAGACAUUGCAUGGUGCCAUAUUACUGCCGCUGCUGUUGUUGAAGAUACAACAUAG